GCCAUGUACAGAGAGUCGCGUGAACGGAAGUUCAUAUAUUCAUUACGGUAACGGUCCCAAUGACAGAUAUGCACACAGUGACAACCAAAAACUACCGUUAGUGUCAGAAACAUAUGUUUAUCACACGCUCAGAAGCCUGGUUGAGUAUUAUUGUGAGGCUGUAUUCAUCUGCAGAGGGACAAAGGUUGAGAGAAGAACCAGCCGAAAGAAAAACGGAGGAAAAUGUCUUUGCAGGCAGAAUUUGAGCAGCAUGCUGACGACGUAAAGAAAGCCAAGACCAGGCCAGCGGACCAGGAGCUUCUGGAUAUGUAUGGCCUCUACAAGCAAGCUACAGUCGGGGACGUAAACAUUGCCAGACCUGGAAUGUUGGACCUGAAGGGGAAAGCCAAAUGGGACGCAUGGGAUUCCAGGAAAGGUAUGUCUAAAGAGGAUGCCAUGACUGCUUACAUCAAGUUGGCCAAGGAGGUCAUUGCCAAGUACGGCAUGUGAUGACAGAAAUCUGAUGUAUAGUGACAUUUAGAAUUAAGAAGUGCAAUAGAGAAGAAAUGCAUUUAUUGAAGGCUCCCUUUUUUACUUUCAGUGUUGCAUUAACCCUGACUUCAUGUAUCUGUCAUUUUAUUUUAAUACUUGCACACAAAUGUCUCUGAUCAUUUCAGUCAUGCACAAUUUGUUUAUGUAACUGAUCAACUGAUUGGUUUAAUAAAUUCUUUUAAUUUAGAA